CGCGGCUGCGGUUGCUUAGCAACCACAGAAAACUGAGGGCUCGAGCUGCAAACGGGCAGCGGACUUGCGGGAGUUUUGAAGAGUUUGACAAAUCGGUCAAAUUUAAAACAGAGGAAAAACAGCUGCAGGAGGUCUGUUUUUACUACCAGGGCUGUCAGGCGAUCGUCUCAUGUGGGUGUAGUUGUAGCUUCGGACAAGAAGUAAAAAACCGUCGAUUUUGUGAGUUAUAACCCGCCGUCUGCCAAACGAGUAAAGAAAACAGUCUCGAAGAGCACUUUUAUAAGUGAUUCUGUUUCCAAGCGAAGAAGUAGGAAAGGAGGGACAGCUCCUUGCGAAAUGGCCACGGCUCGUAUCUCCGCCCGCCUGCCCCCCAACAUCGACCCCACGCGCGCGCCCGUGGCCUUCGGACACCGCGCUGUGCCCAAGCUGGUGAGCGCGCUGCGCGACUCCGACCUGCUCACCCGGCAGCGCGCCCUCAUGGCGCUGUGCGACCUGGUGCACGACCCCGAGACUGCCUACCAGGCCAUAGAGACGGGCUGCCUGGAGAGCCUGAAGGCACUGCUGAAGGACGAGGACAGCACUGUGCGCCUGAAAACCACUGAGGUGCUCUACCUGCUGGCCACACAUAACGUGGGGAGGGAGGCGCUGCUGCGCGGCGAUGUCCUCUCCCCGCUGUCCGAUCUCCUGGAGGAGCCGGUGGCUGCCUGCCGUCGAAACACCCACAUGGCGCUGGAGAUGCUGGCCGAGUUUCCCGCAGUUCUGGCGUCUCCCAGGCAGCGCUUUUGGCCCUGGGGGAGAACUUGGGAAGUCCUGAAGCAAGAGGUCUGCAGGAGCACAGGAGCGCUCAGCGUCGUGGACGCAGGGCUGGUGCCGCGCCUGGUCCUGAAGCUGCAGGAGGAGUGUGAGGAGGUGCAGGAGCUGAUCCUGGACACGCUGACCGCCUGCCUGCGCGUGGACGCCCUGGCCGCCCUGGCCAGCGAUGCCGUGCUGGCGCUGAGGGACUGCCUGGCCCACCCCUCUGUGGGCAUCCGCCAGCGGGCCGCCAGGGCCAUGAUCGGCCUGAGCGUCCCUCUGGAGGGGAAGGUGCGAGUGUGCGAGGAGGGCGUGAUCCCCGUGCUGGUGGGCCUGCUGAGUGACAGCCACCCUGACGUCAGCGCCAGCGCUGCCGGCUCGCUCAUGAACGCGGCCAUCACCACGCAGGCAGGGAAAUAUCUGGCCCUGCAGGCAGGUGCCAUCACGUCCCUCCUGGCGCUCGUGAGCAGCCCGCGUACUGAUGUGUGUGCCAAUGCCCUGCGCGCCCUCACUGCCCUGGCAGAAGCCCCUCCCGCGAGGCAGGAGCUGCUGGGCCACGUGGAGCUGCUAGAGACCCGUCGCCAUGACACCAACGAAAUUAUCAGCCGUGCAGCCGCCACUGCGAUCCGGGUCAUCACCUGGACUCCCUGAACACACCUGGCCACACCUGUCCACAUCUGAACACCGACUGACACAUCUGAAGAGACACUAGACACCCUGGACACACCUGAACACUGACUGACACACCUGUAGAGACACUGAACACCCUGGCCACGCCUGGACAUUGACUGACACACCUGUAGAGAGACUGAACACACCUGGCCACACCUGGACACUGACUGACCCACCUGAAGAGACACAAGACACUCUGGACACACCUGGACACUGACCGACACACCUGUAGAGACACUGAACACACCUGGCCACACCUGGACACUGACUGACCCACCUGAAGAGACACAAGACACCCUGGACACAGCUGGCCACUCACUGACAUACCUGAAGAGACACUGAACACCCUGGCCACUCACUGACAUACCUGAAGAGACACUGAACACCCUUGACACAUCUGGACACAUCUAACUGAUGUGACUAAGACACGGUGUGCUCACUUGUUUUAAAAUCCAUGAAUUAUUUUUGUCUCACUUUGCAAAUAAACAGAAGCUGCGAGCAGUGUGGUGUGA